AUGCUGGAUGAAGCCCAGCCUCAAGAACAAGCUGGAUUCCGCCAAGGGUUCAGCUGCUUGGACCACAUCCAGACCGUGGAAACGAAUGCAAUGCUGUCAGCGCUGGUCGAUAAAGGUGUGGACGCAUCGAUACAGCUUUUCCACCGCCCUCUCACCAUACCCAUUGGAAAGGGGGUACGACAAGGCGACACUAUAUCGCCGAAGCUGUUCACAGCUGCAUUGCAAUGGAUAAUGAAAUCACUAUCCUGGGAAGAAAGGCGCAUAUGUGUUGAUGGAAGAUUUCUUUCGAACCUUCGUUUCGCGGACGACAUCGGUCUCUUUUCGAGCAGUACCAAUGAAGCAGAAACGAUGCUCAACGAAUUGAACGAAGCAGGGAAGAGAAUAGGACUACGAAUAAACAGAAAGAACACACAGUUCAUGAAGAACGCCCACUGCGAGGACGGAGGAGUACAACUUGAAGGCUUCCAAAUCGUGGAAACUCCGUCAUACGUAUACCUCGGACGUUCUAUGAACAUGGAAAACGACUUAAAGGAAGGACUAAAUAAAAGAAUGAGAGCAGCAUGGGCAGCAUUCGCAGCCGUCAGGGAAGCUAAGGACCAACUGACGGACCAAGAUCUUCGUGCCCAUCUGUUCGGCUCAACAGUCCUUCCAUCGCUCUGUUACGCAGCGGAGACGUGA